AUGGUCGCUGAGAUGUUGCAGCUCGAGGCUGCCACCCAGCCAGACUUGUAUUUCCAGGGAGACUUCCUGGACAAUCAGGACUUUGACGCAAUGGGCAGCAGCCUCGACAGCUUUGGCAUUCAGGGAGGCUCCACGGUGCGGGUGCGUGGGACCUCCGAGUUGCCUUUGCUUUGGAAAGGCCGAGGGGCGAUGACGAGCCGGCGCUCCGAGUUCUUAGAGUCCAACGCAGCACUUUGCCUCAUCGACCAGUGCCAGGCCGGCCAGCUGCUGGCAUGGUUUGAGGACAUGGAGCCAAGUACGCCACGCGCCCAUGAGGUGCUCCACCCUGGCACUGGCAAGGGCCAUUGUGACUCUGUGUCAGCCCUGUCCAAUCUCCUUUCAGAGAGUGAGUGCGAAUCCAUCGCCCAGGAAUCUGAGCGGCUAGCCGUGGCACCCAUGGACGUGAAGUGCAUUCGGGGCACUCGACGCUAUCAGCGCGUGAUUGUUCAGGAUGAGGAACUGGCCAAACACCUUUGGACGCGAGCAAAGCCUGCGGUCCAGGCGGCUCUCGCAGGACAGAGCCUGAGGCCCCUGGGGUUUGGCUGCGUGCAGGGCGACUGGGAGUUGGAAGGACUGAACCCCUGCUUCCGAGUGAACUCCUAUGGGGCUGGCGGAUGCCUAAAGCCGCACCGCGACGCGCCCUUCAGCCCCGAAGCCAACGUAAGAAGCCUAUGCACCCUGCUCAUUCCGCUCAGCUCCGUGGGACGGACUCGCUUCUUCCAUCCCGUGCAAGACAAAGACUUCCGUGGAAUGACCCUGAAAGAGGAGCUCGAGGCAAGAGGCGGGCUGGAUACCGGCUUCCAGGCCCUUGACGUCUGUCUCACAGCUGGCUGUGGGCUGCUCUUUGGCCAGAGCUUGCUGCACGAGGGUAUCCCGGCAGAGGGCUCCCAGCAGAAGAUGCUGCUGAGAACCGACGUGCUCGUGCGGAGGAGGCCGCCCAUCCCCGGCGUGCUGCUCACAGAAGUCGAGCGGAAGGACCAAGUCCUGGCCCUGCAAUGGUUCAGGGAGGCGCAGCAUCGAGACUUGAAAGAGGAGCCGAGCAACGACUUCUACGAGCGGGCGCUCUCCUACCGCUACUUCCACCCAAGUCCGGAGGAUGCCAAGGAUUCCUGGGAUGCCCUUAAGGCGACCCACGGGUGUCCGGAGACCCACGCCAAGCCGCUUUGGGAUGACCCUGAGCCCUUGCUGCCCAACCCACUGUUGGAGAAGUUCCCUCGUUUCGCCCUGCCCUCUUUGGCUUUCCUAAAGGGUCCGGUGGCGGCUUUUCGACUUGACCCCGAGAAAUCCGAGAAGCCAGCCCCUCAGAGCGAGGGAUACAGAGACUCGACAAGUGGUGCGGAAUGGGGUCCGAGCACGGCGAAGCACCUCCGCGCUUCAGCCAUGUACGCCUUGCACCUACUUGGGCACCAGGGCUACGGCGAGGAAAUGUACACCGUGGACUUCGAUCCGAAGACUCAGCAGGUGACGGCAUUGCCGCUUGUCGAGCUUCUUCAUGCCGCGUUCGAGGGUCGACCUUGUCAUGGGGCCGCCUACAACGUUGCUCCGAGCCGCGGCUCCCCAGAGAAGGACUUUGAGGCGGCCGUGGACAGGACGCACAUGGCCUUGCGGCAUAGCUGCGUGCACAUCGGGCAGGACCUCCUGGCUGGUUUCAAAAGCGAAGCUUAUUCGAACAGUGACCUCCGCGAGGCGGGUGAGGACUUUGAGCUGAUAGACUUCAACCAACGGAUCUGGAACGAGUACAAGGAGGCGUUCAACGACCAGCCCCGCGAGAAGCAGUUUGAGAUGUCGCGUGCGAGACCCGAAGCGGACUGGCAAAAGUAUCUGUCGAGCUUGCUUGCAGAGAAGGCUGGCGUUCCCGGCUUGGACCUGAUUGCCCUUGCGGACGGGAACAGCGUCCUUCUCGAGGACUUCACGGGGCCGCCUGUCGAGAGGACGGAUCACAUCUCCGUCAAGGCUUGGCCGAUGAACCAUUUGGUUUUCGACUUCAACAAGCACCAACUGGUGGUUCGGGCUGCCCAGGCGACGCCACCCAAUGCGUUUUACGACUCAGAGGCUUUGUGGCUGGAGCUUUUGCAGCAAUGGCGAUCGGCCGGCCAGUCUGAUUGCGCAUUCACCCUCCCCAUACGAUGCGAGCAAUCGGGCAUACUCGCCGACAUGACAUUGAUCAAGGACACAGCUACCACUCUGGCCGUCAUCCUUGGGCCAGAGGUUCGGGACAUCGUCUUCGACGCCGAUCGGCAGGCCCACUUAUGGCGAGGUGCCCACAUCUUGCCUCGAGCUUCUUUGGAGGUCAUCGAUGGCAGGCUGCAGUUUCUGGACAGAUACGGCAUCAUGAACUGUUACGAGAUCUGGAUCGCCGCGUAUGAGGCAGAGCUCGAAAGUUUCUUGGCUUCUCCGGGACAUGCCUUCGAGCGCUAUGAGGUUUCCCUCACAGAGCUCGCACGACCAGGGACUGCUUUCCACCACGCUGGCGAGAUGAAUGGCAUCGACUGGACGUUGCAACAUGGUCUUGGAGUUAUGGUGUUGAGGGUUGUCGAGGGUUGGCGUUUAACAAUGUGUAGCAUCUUCAGCUGGGACCUGCCUGCACUGGGUCUGCAGGCUCGGUGA